GGAACACCAAAAGCACCUGCUUCUGAACAGCCUGUUAAGGGUCCUGGUGAAAUUGGUGGUCAAAAUCCGCAAGACCGUCACGAUGAAAAUAGUAUACCUGCUGCUGAAGGUCAUAGUGAUAGUGCUCCCGGUAAAAAUAGAGACACUGGUUCUGUUGUGGGUACUGGUGGUGUUGCUGGUAGUCGUACUUCCACUUCUGAAACUUCUAUGCCUCCUGCUGUUCCUUCUCCUUCUACUGCAGGGAACAGUGAUGUUCCUUCUGAAAAUCCUCAACAUGCAAACAAUGAAGCAAGUGAAGGUGCGCCAUCACCAACUACCCCUUCUUCCAGCAAUUCAGCCACAGCAAGUAACGGUGGUUCAAAUAAUGCAUCAACUGAGAAUGAUAAUACACCUUCAGGGAGUGAGUCAACAACCAACCAAGACGUUUCUGCAGAUAAUACAGAUACAACCACCACCACCACCACCACAACAACAACAACACUUCCUCCUGAACUCACAAACAACAAGAAGGGUGAUGCAGACAGCAGCAGCAGUAUCAGCAGUUCUGUGUGGGUGCGUGUACCACUACUGAUUGUGGUUACACUGGCCUGUAUUCUUGUGUGCUGA